CGAUACUCCUCUCGGCUUCAUAAGAUAGACUGAAUCCACAUCAUGAAUGCUAAAGUCGACGACAAAAUGGCCCAAAAGGUCAUUGACGAGGAAGAGUCUUCUCCUGUGCCGGAGAAUAUGACAGAACUCGCCCCUCAGCAUCGAGAAUAUCUUCUGCAACGGCAUGGAACGCUCGAGCUGGAUCCCGUUCCUGCAAUGGACGAUGCCGAUCCAUACAAUUGGGCGUCGUGGAAGAAAGUUAUCAAUCUUUUUCUAGUAGCAUUUCAUGCCAUGUUUGGCACGUUCACUGCCGCCGCCAUUAUCCCCGCAUACCUGGAAAUUUCACUCGACCUGGGGAUCAGUAUCAAUACCACAUCUUAUUUGACCUCGUUACAGAUUGCUAUUCUCGGAGGCGCCCCACUCUUCUGGAAACCACUGUCGAACAGAUUCGGCCGGCGUCCAAUCUUCCUCGUCUCUUUGCUUGGAAGUCUAGUGUGUAAUAUUGGCUGUGCCAAGAGUCCAACUUAUGCGUCAAUGGCCGCUUGUCGUGCACUGGUAGCCUUUUUUAUCAGUCCUGCUGGCGCUCUGGGAAGUGCCGUAGUCAUGGAAUGUUUCUUCAAGCGUGAUCGCGCCAGGUACAUGGGUGUUUGGACAUUGCUCGUUACCCUCGGAGUUCCGGUAUCUCCUUUCAUCUUCGGUUUCGUCGCCCAGCGAGUGAGUUACCGAUGGAUUUACUGGGUUCUGGCUAUUGUCAAUGGAGUACAAUUCUUUUUGUGCGUCUUCUUCCAGCCAGAAACUAAAUACAUUGGCCACCGGGAUGGGCCUGUUGCUUCUGGAUUCCGUCAGGAGUAUUUGAGUUUCCGCCGCAUUGAUCCAACUCCCUUUAAUGUAUACGAGUUUAUCAAACCAUUGACAAUGGUGACUCGCCCCACAGUGAUCAUCCCUGCCGCUGCUUAUGCUAUGGUUUUUCUUUUCGCGAGUGUUAUGUGCACUGUCGAGAUACCUCAAUUGCUGGAGCUUAAGUUUGGCCUAGACGCGCAGUCGCUGGGCCUACAAUUUCUGAGUCUGAUUAUAGGUUCAGUUCUGGGCGAACAACUCGGUGGCCCUCUCUCCGAUUCAUGGAUGAGAUGGAAAGCACGUCAGAAUGGACAGCAUCCGCGCGCAGAGCAUCGGCUUUGGCUCAGCUACAUCGGUUUCUUACUUGCUAUUGCCGGGGUAGUUGUAUUCCUCGUCCAGACCCAAAACUCGCCUGCUGGCCACUGGAAUGUGACACCCGUAGUGGGUGUCGCUAUCGCCGCGUUUGGAAACCAAGUCGUUACCACGGUUCUUAUAACCUAUGCCGUUGACACGAACCAUACCGAAGCUGCGUCCGUCGGCGUUUUGAUUACCUUUGUCCGUCAAAUCUGGGGAUUCAUUGGACCAUUCUGGUUUCCUGAUAUGUUCGCCAAUGUUGGAGUAGCAAAUAGUGCUGGCGUAGCUGCUGCUCUUAUGGUUGGGGCCAGCUUGCUUCCAACCAUGUUGCUCCAAUGGCGCGGACACACCUGGCGACGGACCGAAAAGGUGGUUGUCGGUGAUGUUUGAUCCCCUUUCUUUCGUUUUUCUCUUAUUCAGUCUCAUACCUUAUUUGAGGGGAUUUUCCUAUAGAUGCAUUACAUGGCUAUGAUACGGUUAGAAUGGGUUGUUUACAUGCACACAUGGAUAUUAGAGGGUAUAUAGACCAAAUAGAUUUCACGAUAAUACAUCA